CUUUACAUUUCUGUAAUUUAAAUGGUAAUGAAUGCACUAAUGGUUUGUUGAUGGUUAUUAACACAACUAGACUGCUCAGCAGAUGGAAUGCACAAAAUAGCGCGCUUAUGACGUGAUAGGUUUUCAUGGCAACAGAAUUCUUUGUUGGGUGUUUGUUGGCGAUAGAUGUGGUUUGUGGUUUUGUUGCGGUUGGCGAGUUUAUACAGUUAUUGGAUUUAUUUGUUUAUUGAUUUUCGGUUUUUGACUCUCUUUCGGACUUUGACUAUCGGCUUUGGAUUCCCUUCUGUUUUGACGCUUGUUUUCGGAUUUGUUUGUUUUGGAUUCCCGGUUUUGACCCUUUUCUGUUUUCGACUCACGGCUUCGGACUCGCGGAUUGGUUUACAGCUCGUCGACUGUCGACGCCCACCAUUUCAUUGAAAUGAGGGUGAACGGAGUUGUAUCAGUGUGUGUGGAAACACAGAAGACUGUGUUUGGUGUGCCUCUGAUCGGCCUGAGGAAGAGUGGACAGAUGAGGCAGGGUCUUCCUCUAGUGCUCAUGCACAUAGUGGAGUUUGUGGAGAAGCAUGGUCUCUGUGAGAGUGGCCUGUUCCGGGUUGGCGGGGAAGUGAAGCUCUGCCACGAAUUGAGGAAAAGUUUUGACCAAGGAAGCUUUCCUGAUCUUGACAGUGAGAAUAUUCCCACUACUGCCUCCUUGUUCAAACUUUUCCUCAGAGAGUUGCCUGGUGGACUUAUUCCAGAUUCACACAGGACACGACUGCUGAAGGUGUUCAAGGAUUCAAAAGAGGAAGAAAUGGAUCAGGCUUUGAGGAUGAUCCUGAACCAUCUUCCAGAGGAACAUUUUAACGUCCUCUCCUAUCUUCUGCACUUCCUGUCCCGUGUGGCUGCUGAGAGUCAUUUAAAUCAGAUGACAUCCAAAAACGUAUCAAUAGUUUUUGGACCCACCAUCUUUCACGUUCCUCUCGGCCCCACCGUGAUUCAGGAACAGGGGCUGUGUAACGAUUUGACGGAGCACCUCCUGAACAACCUGCAACAUUUGCUGCCGAACAUGUACCCUCAUGCAUCCACCGGCAUCACAGCAGAGGCAGGGGACUGCAUUGACGAAGAGUGUGUCAACCAGCUGUCAUUCACAGAAAUGAGAUCAAAGCUCCCUAAAACUGGACGGCUUGGGCGAGUGAGAAAAAGAUUACGCAGUUUUGGGAGAAAGUUUUUCUCAUGCUUUGGCAGUAACAAAAUCAAGCCUGAAGAUGCAGCAAUGGAGACCUAGACUAGAAGAGAAUGGGGCCGGUGACCCAAGAUGACCCGGUGACUGCAAGAUACUAGACUCGGAGAGGGUCAGUGGAAGACAAAGAGGCCAGUGAGGAUCACCAGAAGACAAUGGGGCUGGUGACCCUCAAUGAAAGAUACUGGGGCCGACACUGUAAGGCAGGGGUUUUCAACCUUUUAGGAUGUUUUAGGACCCCCCCCAAUUUCAAUUUCUAUUUCAUUCGUGCCCCUCACCGUCCCAAAGUGCAUGCAAACGAAUCAUUGCUAUACAAGUUGUGAAGAGGUUCAAUGUUUGGAAGGAAGAAAGGUGGCUGCGUGACUGGGACUCGCACGUUUUAUUUACAAAAGUCAAAUCAACAAACAAAAGUCACGCCAACAGCCCAUUCACCGUAGCCUUGCUACAUACAAAACAAUCUCACAAUAAUUGUACUAUAAUUGUACUCUCCUGUAUUAUGUGCUGCAUAUAGCGUGCAUAAAAAUAGUUACUAUAUUGAAACAGUACAUAUUUAGCUUACCUAAUGUGAUGGCUGAGCCUGUUUCUGAGAGCACAACAUACCAAUCCUAUCCAUAAAUUAUCGUCCACGGUCAAUAAGCGUGAGCGAUACUUGCUUUUGAUGUAAGUUAAUAUAGAAAAUGUUGCUUCGCUGGGCCAAGUUGAGGCAAAAGGCAAAAGUAUAUCAAUUGCAAGUCUCUCAAGUUCAGCGUACUCUGUCUCCACUGACAGCCAGAAUUCCGGCAGUGUGUUCGAGUCAAAUGUCUUCAAAGUUCGGUCACUUGAAAGGCCCAGAAGGGCAUCCUGCUGAUUUGAUGACAGACUCACUGCACUUUCGAUGAAGGGGUUACGAACCCAGUCGUACUGGUUACAAUGCUGCUCAGGAAAAUACUUAUUGAAAGUGCAGACAGGGCUUGUAGAUGGAUAGUUUUUUCUUUUUUUGGAUCAUCCCAAUUAAGCUAUUUUUCCAUGAGAAAUUCAUCCAAGGUUGGGAACAUGUCUACAUUUCCCCCAUCAACCUCCAUCGCUCCGAUUUCCUCACAAACCCCACAAUUUUAUUAGACAUUGUUAGUUGGCUUGAAUUAGGCCCCUGAAGAGUUGAAUUAAGGCUAUUGAGUCUAUCAAAAAUGUCAGACAAGUAUGCAUCUGUGAGCCACUUUGAGUCAGUAAAGAUAUUUGACCAAGUUCAUCCAAUUUACCAUUGAGUUUUUCAAAAAUAUCUCUUCCGGUGCAUGUUUUUGCCAUUGCUGAGCAAAAUAACAGAUCUUCAAGCAGUUUUCUCUAAUGACGGUAGCGAACAAAUACAAGUAGUUGCGAGGAGGAGCUUGAGAUGUUGGUCGAAUCGUUUAAUUGCAAAAAAAAAGAAAGAAAUUCCGUCACGUAUUCUCUCAAUUUGUUGA